UCACGAAGUCGGCGGCGUGAGCUCCAUAAACGCAGUUUUCCUCCGCUGCCCAAUGGCCACCCCUCACUUUGGUCCUGCGGUUCAAGAUUUGCCUCCCAAGGGCGGCUUCCGCCCGCUUCGCUUCGCCCGCGGCGUACCAGAGGUCCGUGGACCUCCCGGCUGGUCGAUGUUCGCGGCAUGCUUUGCUGUGACGUCGUUUGGGUUUUACAUGGUCGGGCAACAAAACCAGGAGGUUCGCGCGUUGCGCCGCGAAGUCCGUGAACGCCGCAUUGCGAUGCUGCCGUUCUUACAAGCGGAAGAAGACAUUGAGUUUCUGCAAAACGAAGCGCACUACUUGGAACAAGAGAAGGAGCGCAUGAAGAACGUGCCAGGGUGGAAGGUCGGCGAGUCGGUAUACCAUUCCAAGAAGUGGCAGAUCCCGCUGUAUGCCCAGUAAAGCAAUGCCCACUCGGUGCGAAUCAAUUGCUUAUUAGCGUUAACCGUCGUGUGCAAACAAUUCCGCCAACACGUCGUAAUUGAUAUUCUUCGACUUGCUG